AUGGUGAAGAAGCGAGGAGUGAACCAGCGCACGGGCAAGCCGUUCAUCGAGUGGUGCGCGGAGAACGGGAAGCGCGGCGAGAGGCUCGCCAACGAGUUCCGCGAGGAGCUGCCGACGGAGCUGACGAAAGGGUCGAACUACAAGGCGAAGUGGAAGUGUUUGACGUGCAAGCACGUGUGGCGGGCGAAGGUGAACAACCGCACGAGGAGCCACAAACCCGGCGGUUGCCCGAAGUGCGCGAAACGUGCGCCGGCGAGCAAGACGAACAACUUCAUCGUGUGGUGCGAGAAGAACGGCGAGCUCGGCAAGAAGCUGUCGCGCGAGUACGUCGAUAAGGACAAGCCGCCGACGGAGCUGACGUUUGCGUCGCACUACAAGGCGAAGUGGAAGUGCAGCAACGUCGAGUGCAAACACGUGUGGCGGGCGCAGGUGUGCCACCGCACGAACAGCGACAGACCCAGCGGGUGUCCGAAGUGCGCGAAUCAACUGCCGCUGAGCAAGACGAACAACUUCCUCGAGUGGUGCGAGAAGAACGGCGAGCUCGGGAAGAAGCUGUCGCGCGAGUACGUCGAUAAGGACAGGCCGCCGACGGCGGUGACGAAAGGGGCGGACUACAAGGCGCUAUGGAAGUGUGGGAGGUGCUCGCACGAGUGGCGUGCGAGGAUGGCCCACCGCACGACGAGCGACAAACCCACCGGGUGUCCGGGAUGCCACCCCAAAGGACCCAAGAAGCGCCAGCGCGUCGACUGA